GCUUUCCUCCACUCUCCCCGCAUCCUUCCAGCUCUCCAGACAACACAUUCAACACCCACCAACUGAUACGAGCUAUCCAUCUAUCACCAUAAACUACAAUGCCCAACGGAUACUCCUACACCGGCUCUGGCACCAACAGUCAGGGCAACCAUUACUGCAGCCGUGACUACGAUAAUGGCUCAAACAGCUACCACUACUCUAACUCCAACGGCUCGUACUACUACUCCAACCCCAACGGAAGCACCUACUACAACAACGGUAGUGGUGGCUCGAACUACACCCCAUCUGGUGGAAAGAAAUAAAAGACUACAACAAAAAUAGGUCUACGGGUGGCUUUGAUCAUUAAGAGCUAAUCAGCGGUUAUGGGAUACGAAUUCUGGGACCGAUACCGCUGGGAUUUUAUGAGAAAUAUGAGAGAUGUCUAGUUCGGUUAUGAUGAUGAUAGGAGGAAUUUAUUUGCUUAGUAAGGAUACCUG